CCAAAAGGCACACUUUGGAGUGAAAAAUCAAGAGCCUCUUUCUUGUUUUUUCCUUUUGUCUUCCAUCCCUUUGUUUUUUCUUUUUAAUAUUUUGUUGAAAAUUUUUACAUAAACUGAACAUCCUAGAGGUCUGCUCCCAGUUUUCACUCAAAGCAGACAACCCACGAGGCGAAUCUGGGGAAGGCGAAGAAGCUGCCAUUGAAUAGUUCAGCUCCCCACAUAGGCAGGUGGGAGUGAGGUUUUUCAGUUUUCUUGGGAGGGUUUUUCAGCUUCACUGGGUUCUGUGUUGUGGGUCUGCGAGUGUUCAACUUCCGUCGCGGCAGCUUGCAGCUGCGGAUUCCGUCAAGGACGGCGGACGUUCGACGGCAGCUUCCUCGAUCGGCGAUGCUUCAGAUUCUAUCGUCCGGCGACUAUUCGGCUUCCGACGCCUGCAGACCGACUGUUUGUCUUCCCGUCGACGGCGGUCUCCGAUCCUCCGAUCUGUUUGCCUGUUCAGAUAUGGCUUCUGGUUCUUCCGAUGGCCUCCCGGGCUCUUACGGUCUUCCGGGCUCUGACGGUCUUCCGGAUUCUGCUACCAGAUGUUGGAUGUCAGUUAAAAAGCCAAUGAUAAAUUCAGGAGUGAAGAUUGAGGUUAAAGAUUUCUUGGAGCAGAUGAUGCCUGAAAUAUGGCUUGGAAGCAUCCUGCUCCUAAUUGUCAUGAUGUCGUCCACUGCAGCAGGCGCAUUUGUAGGAGUAAACAUAGGAACUGAUCUUUCUGACCUGCCUCCAGCUUCAGAAGUUGUAGCAAUUCUUAAGGCCAAUCAAAUAACUCACGUACGCCUUUUUGAUGCUGAUGCUCGCAUGCUGAAUGCUCUUUCAAACACUGGGAUAGAAGUUAUGGUUGGUGUCACCAAUGAGGAAGUUCUGGGCAUUGGAGAAUCUCCUUCAGUAGCUGCAGACUGGGUUAAUAAAAAUGUUGCAGCUUACUUACCUUCAACCAAUAUAACAGCCAUUGCUGUUGGCAGUGAGGUCCUUACUUCAAUUCCAAAUGCUGCUCCUAUUUUGGUUCCUGCCAUGAAUUACCUUCAUAAAGCCCUAGUGGCAGCAAACCUGAAUUAUCGGGUCAAAGUAUCAACUCCUCAAUCCAUGGAUAUAAUCUCUAGGCCAUUUCCCCCCUCAACUGCCAGCUUCAAUUCUACAUGGAACUCUACCAUUUUCCAGCUCCUCCAGUUUCUAAAAAAUACAAAUUCUUAUUACAUGUUAAAUGCUUAUCCCUUCUAUGGAUAUGUUAAUGGCAAUGGUAUCUUUCCAAUUGAUUAUGCUCUUUUUCAACCACUUUCCUCAGUCAAGCAGAUUGUUGACCCUAACACUCUUUUUCAAUAUAACAGCAUGUUUGAUGCUAUGGUGGAUGCUACCUAUAAUUCUAUAGCAGCCUUUAAUUUUUCAGGGAUCAAAAUUGUUGUGACGGAAUCUGGGUGGCCAUGGCAUGGCGGAGCCAAUGAACCUGAUACCACUACAGAGAAUGCCAGAACAUUUAACAAUAACUUGAUCCAACGUGUUUUAAAUGGUUCUGGUCCACCUAGUCAGCCUUCUUUUCCCAUCAAUACAUAUAUUUAUGAGUUGUUCAAUGAAGACAAGAGGCCCGGGCCUGACUCAGAGAGAAACUGGGGCCUCUUUUUUACCAAUGGGACUGCAGUUUAUCCUCUGAGUUUGAGUUCUCAGCGAAUCUCUAAUAAUUCUUCAUCAGUUUUCUGCAUUUCUAAACCAGGUGCAGAUCAUGAUAAGUUGCAAAGUGGACUGAAUUGGGCUUGUGGGCAAGGUCAUGCCAACUGCAGUGCUAUUCAAUCAGGGCAGCCAUGCUAUUAUCCGGAUACUGUACAAAACCAUGCUUCUUUUGCUUAUAAUGAUUAUUACCAAAAAAUGCGUAGUGUUGGUGGAACCUGUGACUUCGAUGGUACAGCACAAAUAACUAGUGAUGAUCCUAGUUAUGGGUCCUGCACUUUUACUGGAAGUACAAAUUCGAGCUCGAGUCAAGUUUUUCCACCCACUUCUUCAUUCGGACCAAUUUACCCCCCAUCUGCGAGUUCAAUCCUUGGAGUUGCUGGGAUUGGAUCGAUGAUUUUAGCAGUAUCCGUUGCUUUGAUGUUGAUUUGAUAGAGUUUGGUGGGGAGCUGCGCCUUUUGAAUUUGCGAUAUGUCAGUACAACAGUUCCCUUUUUCUGUAAAAUCACAGUCUUUGCUAGUCGAUUUUGAUCCUUAUCUGUUGAUUCAAUUUUGUCCUCUUUCCUUA